CACACCACCCUACUACAUUCCCACCUUUAGUCUUGUUCUUAGAGAUGGCUUGUGAAACCAAGUCAUGGUUGGUUAUGUUUCUUGUUUUCUUGGUUGCUAAUUGCAUGCAACAUUGUGUCCACGGGGUGUCUCAAGUGCCUUGCCUUUUUAUCUUUGGGGACUCUAUGUCUGAUAGUGGAAACAACAAUGAACUUCCAACCACUUCAAAAUCUAAUUUCAGACCAUAUGGGAUCGACUUUCCAUUAGGACCAACUGGGAGAUAUACCAAUGGCCGAACAGAAAUUGACAUAAUCACUCAAUUUCUGGGAUUUGAGAAAUUUAUCCCACCCUUUGCAAACACUAGUGGUUCAGACAUACUUAAAGGUGUUAACUAUGCAUCAGGUGGAUCUGGUAUACGCAACGAAACUGGCUGGCAUUAUGGUGCUGCUAUCGGCUUGGGAUUACAGUUAGCAAAUCACAGAGUCAUAGUAUCUGAAAUUGCUACCAAACUUGGAAGUCCUGACUUAGCUCGACAAUACCUUGAAAAAUGCUUGUAUUAUGUGAACAUAGGCAGCAAUGAUUACAUGGGCAAUUACUUCCUUCCCCCGUUCUACCCAACAAGCACCAUUUAUACCAUUGAGGAGUUUACACAAGUUCUGAUUGAAGAGUUAUCUCUGAAUUUACAGGCUUUACAUGACAUUGGAGCAAGAAAGUAUGCCUUGGCUGGGUUGGGCCUUAUAGGAUGCACCCCAGGUAUGGUGAGUGCUCAUGGGACAAAUGGAUCAUGUGCUGAAGAGCAAAAUCUCGCUGCAUUCAAUUUCAAUAACAAGCUUAAAGCUCGAGUGGAUCAAUUCAACAAUGAUUUCUAUUAUGCUAAUUCCAAAUUCAUCUUUAUAAACACUCAAGCAUUGGCCAUUGAGCUUCGCGAUAAAUAUGGUUUUCCGGUUCCGGAAACUCCUUGCUGCCUACCGGGAUUAACAGGGGAGUGUGUUCCUGAUCAAGAGCCGUGCUAUAAUAGGAAUGACUAUGUGUUUUUUGAUGCUUUCCAUCCCACCGAGCAAUGGAACCUACUCAAUGCAUUGACAUCUUAUAAUUCUACCACUAAUUCAGCCUUCACUUAUCCAAUGGAUAUCAAGCACCUUGUUGAUCAUGAAAUUAAGACGGAAUUGGAGCUCACAAAUGAGUCCACUUCACAACUUAGUGCCACUGAAUAAGUUCUGGUUAUCAUGUAGUCGUUCAUAUGGAGUUGAAAUAAUUGUGAGUUGAAUAUGUAUUAAGUAAUGGCCUGCCACUGAAUUGAACGACAAAGUGGAAUGAAUCAAGUGAAUAAAUUGGCUAUCCUGCCUCGAAUAUGAUCCAAUUUGUAUUGAA